UUCCAUUAUUAAAUUAAAUAUUUAAAAACGACAUGGAAGCUCGUAAGAAAGGCCAAACUAUUCGUAGCAGGGCCCGAAAUAUGAUACGGCGUGUGAUUAGAAAGUGUGACGAGGAAUGUAUAUAAUAAUGGACAGUAUCUGUACGCAGUGCACGGAUUACACGGGUGUAUCGGUAGCUUCGAUAUCGCGGAUCCGCAAAGAAGCUGCGCAAUCCGCAGAGGACCAACUUUUAUUAUCUCCCGGCAAGAAGCGACCACAGAGAGAAGAUAAAAAAUUUCACUGCUCAGAAGAGAACAGAGUUGUAAUUCGCAGAAUUAUUGAAGAAUUUUACACGGAAAAAGAAAUUGUGCCCAGUGCUCCGAAAUUGUUGGCUGCGAUUCGAGAGAAGAUACACUUUCCUUGGAAAGUGGACACGCUCUACAAAUUAUUGAAAAAUAUGGGAUAUAGGUGGAAAAAAAGCAACAAUAUAAGGAAAGUGCUGAUAGAGCGACCGGCUAUUGUGGCGUAGAGAGGAAAAUAUUUAAAAGCUAUACAAUUUUAUCGCACUUAAAAUAGAAAUAUUAUCUAUAUUGAUGAAACAUGGGUGGAUAAUACCCUUUGCUUUGGACAGUGCUGGAAGAGCGAAGAAAUGCUUGGCGUAAUAAAAAAUAAUAAUUCGUCGCAUCGAUUUAUUAUUGUACCAUGCGGGUGGAGCAUCAGGUUUUGUGGAAGGUGCUAAACUAAUAUUCAAAGCGCGCAGUGAAAGUGGAGAUUACCACGGCCAGAUGAAUGCGGAUAAUUUCGAAAGGUGGAUCCAGGAAAAAGUUCUGCCGAACAUUCCAGAAAAUACCGUCAUUGUCAUGGACAAUGUAUCCUACCAUUCGGUGCAAAUAAAUAAGCCCCCAACAAAAUAUGCCACGAAAACGGCAAUGCUGAAUUGGCUAAUUAAAAAUAACAUCCCUUGCAACGACCAGAUGCGACGAUACGAAUUGCACGAACUAAUAGAGAAAAACAAACCACAAAAUAAAAUAUUUAAAAUAGAUGAAAUUAUAAAAGCACAUGGUCACACCACGUUACGACUACCACCAUAUACAUAUGUGCGAGUUAAACCCCAUCGAAUUGAUUUCGGCUCAAAUUAAACGCCAGGUACGAGAAAAGAAUCCUGCAAAAAUGUUGCGAUCAUGUUGAAAAAUUGGAAAAAAGAUAAUAUAAUAGAUCGAAAAUCGGUGAGGAGGACAAACUUCUAAAUAAUUACCAUAAAUAUUAAGUAUACUAUAUAGUGUUAACAUCUGUUUAUCAGAAUAUGUUAACAUAAGCUUUCCAAACUUAACAAAAGAUGCAAAAAUAUAUUUCUGAACAUAGUGACAAUGUCCCGUUUUGUUCUAUGUAAGUACAGACGCACGCUCCUAUUUAAUUCUAUCGCUCGAUAGAGAGAGCUGCAUCGAAAAAGCAUUAGUAUUUUAGUACGCAAGACGUCCAAAUUCUGAAACUAAAAACGAAUUAAAGGAAAGACCGAUUUUUUAUUUGAACAAUGUGAAACACUAUUUAACAUGUUCCUUCCCAUACGACUUGAUGGCGUCAAGAGUAAUUUUGAGGCAUCAUCGUGUGCGAACUCUUAAAUAGCAAAAAUAUAGCAAUAUUCUUAAUUUCCUUCAUGCGUAUAAAUAUCAGUAUCCAUAUCAUCAACUAUUUAAAACUGUGUUUAAUCAAUACAAAAAUCCAUUCUUUUUAUGGUUAAAAGGAUACAAACAGACAUGUAUUAAAAACAGUUGCUAACUGUAAUUGAUUUUUCCAAAGCACGGCGCGCAACAACUCGCAGGCAGCUCAUCGACGGCAAUAAAAUUUGAUAACUUUGACAUUUCAGUAGCUUCUAUCAUGAGAUUUACGGGGUACUGAAAAGACCCUUCCUAGAUGCUACAGACAAAAUUGCAGGCCACUACGAUAUCCGUCUUGAGGUGAUUUAUCACUUUAAAAAUGAGAAAUGUUAUUUAUGGCAAACUACAAGUUGCAUUGUCGUGUGUAACAUUUUUUAAAUUGAACUCCAAAAUUUCCAUGAUUUAUAUGGUAUACGGGGUGUAACAUUAUUAGUAAACAUUGGUUGAAAAUUUAAGCAUUUUCGAGAUAUUAUCAUCAUGAUAACUUACUGGCUUUUACAUAUCGCAUGCGAUGUUUUUUCCAAUGUUUAUAAGCCGCUUUUCCAAUAUUCUCAUUCAAUUUCCAUACAUACUUCAUAACAGAAAAUUUGAUCGGUGUGGAAAUAGAAGGAGGAGACGUAGAACGUCACCUAUAAAUAUGGAAAAGCCAGUAGUAAAUCUAUUUAUAAUAAUUAUAAUUUAUUUACUUAUAUACGUGCUUUUGUCGUUUUAAAAAAUUACAAUUUGUUGAAAUCGUGAAAAAAAAU